AUAGAUAUCUUCCACUGGCAGAAUUUGCAUACAACAAUAGCUAUCAAGCUAGCAUCCAAAUGGCCCCGUAUGAAGCACUGUAUGGGAGGAAAUGUAGAACUCCAGUGUGCUGGACUGAAUUGGGCGAAGAUAAGCUGGUAGGGCCAGACCUGGUGAAACAGACUGAGGAAAAAGUGAAAAUAAUCAAAGCUAACCUGAAGAUUGCCUCCGAUAGACAGAAGUCUUAUGCCGAUCUGAAGAGAAAAGAGAUAGAGUAUACCGUUGGUGAUAAAGUGUUUCUCAAAGUCUCACCAUGGAAGAAAAUAUUGAGGUUCGGAAGAAAAGGUAAGUUGAGCCCUAGGUUUAUUGGCCCAUAUGAAGUCAUUGAACGUGUGGGACCAGUAGCCUACAGGCUAGCUUUACCACCAGAGCUGGAUAAGAUCCACAAUGUGUUCCACGUGUCUAUGCUAAGACGAUACCGCUCAGAUCCUUCACAUGUCAUCUCCAUGGAAGAAAUUGAAGUACAACCGGAUUUGACAUAUGAAGAGGAACCCAUACGAAUCCUGGCUCGGGAAGUAAAAGAGUUGAGGCAUAAGCAGAUUCCACUGGUGAAAGUGCUUUGGAAGCACCACAACACCGAGGAGGCAACUUGGGAAAGUGAAGAGAUGAUGAGGCAACAGUUCCCUCAACUGUUUGCAUCAGGUACUGGAGAUUUAGCUGGGGAGUCCAGCAGACCGCAUACUGGGUGAGCCAUCAUAUCUGCACUCAGAGUUCAGAGUCACCUCACAUUGCAGUGCAUUUGGUAGGACAUUAGGCCAUCUGGGAUAUUUUGAUAUUUUGUUAUUUUGUAUUUUGUAAACUUUUGUUAUGUACAUUAUAAACUCAUGUACUUAUAUUUUUGCUGUAAUUAUCUAUGAACUGUGUUCAGAAUUAAAUAUGAGUAUUUCUCAUUGAACUUGGUGAAUAUGAGUUGAAUGUAAAUUUUGGAAUACUGAAUUGAUUUGAGAAAUGAUUGAGAUUGAGAUUGUAAUUA